AUGGUUGCCCUACCAUUUUCAUACUUUCUUCGGAAAGGAUACAUUACCCCUCGACUGGGACUUAGGCUAUGUGGGCUAUUUGCUCUUGGUGCUGGGCAAGGACUGAUUGGCUGGUGGAUGAUCAAUAGUGGUCUAGAGGAACUCGAAUCUGAGUUUGCUGAACCAAAAGUAAGUCCUUAUCGCCUUGCAGCACAUUUAACUUCAGCAUUUGCUAUUUACUCUGGGCUCUUUUGGACUGCUCUUUCUGUUGUUAUGCCUGAGCCUCCUGUUGAAUCCGUAGCCUGUGUUCAAGGGGCAGCUAAAGUUAAGUGUCUGGCCUUCCACGAUUGGCUGCCCACACAUCACGGAGAAACGAUCCACGGAGACACGGUCGUGCCGCGCACGGAGACACGAGAAUGUGUCCGUGAGCAAACUGAGGAUGCGAAGAAGAGAUUUCCAAUGCUGGUGUUUAUUAUGGGAGUUUUUGCGAGGUUGAGAAAUGGGUUUGAGAGAAUUUUGUAUUUAGAUUGGUUCAGUCGGUGGCCAUUUUGGUGGCAGGAGAAGCUGUUGGAUCGUUUGAUUGCUGAGGACGAUGUGAAUCCUAAGGAUACUGCAAAGCAGAGCGCCCUUCUGUCACAGCUCAAUAAGCACAGGUCUUUGUAG